AUGCAUAUCCGAUACUUACAGCAUUUACAGCAGGGUAAAGUGCAACGAAUUCCGAUGCCGUUUACCGGAACGGUUGAUUCAAUUCGAAGCAAUACAAUACGGUCAACGGAUCCGUUAUCAUCACAUUCCAAAUCAAUGGAUCAAUUAACACCGAUAAAUGAUGAUGAAAAUGAAUUAGAAUCAAUUCCAUUACCAAUACAAACAUUUUUAUGGCGGCAAACAAAUCCAUUCUUGGGUGCAAAAAUUGGCAAACUUCAUGAGGCAUCAUGCGUGACAUUUGAACGUGUUGUUGUACAAAAUAUACUUCACGGACUUAGUCCAUCACUUUCUGAUGCAAUUAAUUCCAUUUCACGUUGGCAUUUCGUACGUGCAACAUUUCCACAUAUUGUACAAUGUUGUGCAUCGUUAUUAUCGGAAGCAAUUGAUCGAGAUGGUGAACCGAUGAGUGGAUCAUUGGUGAAAAUGUUAUAUAUAUUACAUUGGCUUCUCCUUGAUUCAGCUAAUGAAUGUUAUGAUGUUGAAAGUAGAAAGAGUUUAACCGAAUCAACGGAUUUCCCACCACAUACCAUACGACAAUAUGCAUUUUCAAUUAAUAGUAUACAAUUAUUCGUGUAUAUGAUUACUCCAUUAUUAAAAGUUAUCACUGAAAAAGAUUUGACAUCAAAUUUUCGUCUAGAAAGUGGCUUAAAAAUUUGGCAAUCACUUUGGCAGUAUCGACAACCGGAUGUAUUAUGUUUCUGUGCUCCGGUAAAACAACGCCGUAUACGUUUUCCAUUUAUAACGAUUGUCAAGAAGGAACAGCCAACUUCGGCAAUUCAAGGAAUUUAUCUUGGCGAUGCAGGUGAAACAGUAACACGGCGCUUGUCAAACGUUCCGGUUCAAAUUACCAAUCCUCCGCCAUACACCGACGUACCACCGCCUAAACCACCUCGUCCCUACUUGGCUGUUUUGUCAAGUUUAAGCAAGCAAAAAGAAGGUGGAGAAGCCGAAAUUCCUAAAAUUCAAGUAACUGCUACCUUAAGCUUUGAUCAACAACAACAACAACAACAACAACAACAACAGCAACAGCAGCAGCAGCAGCAGCAAAUGUUAUCAAUAAAAAAACCAAAUAAUUUGGAAAUUAGUCGAUCAAGCGCAAUUGUUCGAAGUGUUAGUGAUUAUCAUACAAGUGAUAUUCCACGGAUAUUUACAAAAAGUCAUACUACAACAUUUGAUGAAAUAUCGCCAAGUUUAUGCAAAGGAAUGAAAGAACUUGAUGAUGCACUUAAUUUUGUGGAUGAUAAAUCACUUAGCAAUGCAAUGGAUGAUGCGGAAGUGUCUGCGGAAAAAGCACCAUUAGUAGCAUUGCAGGAAAUAUGUUCCGGUAUUUCGGCGGAUUUUGAAAAUACUUCACAUAAUGCUUGUGAGAUUAUUUGUGAAGGUUGUCGCUCAGUAAUAUAUCGCAAUGGUUCAACAGUAAAUGCAUGCAAAUGCAACCAACCACCGAUCGUUUCACGUUUAAAAAUUAUUCCGAUUAGUUCAACAACUCAUUCCGACAUAACUUCUUUACCGGAAUCCAGACAACAGGGAAAAAAUUCAGUGCUAACCGAUGAAACAAAUAUUAAAGUAGUAGAAGAAAAUACUGAAUCGAUCAAAGUAUUUGAUCCAUUAGAAAGUACUUCAGAAGAAUGCGAUACUAUACAACAACAACAGUUAUUUGUUGAUCCACAAGAAGCAACAUAUAUGGAUGUAGCUGUUAUUCGUUGUCUUCUAAUUAAACAUUGGGCUGAAGAUGGUGUUUACUGGGCAAUGAAAUAUUUGUUAAAUCGUUUAUUCCAAAUUAAAAUAUAUCGAAAUUCACGAACUAUAAUGUAUCGUUUACGUUCACGUGCUAAUUCGAUGUCAACAAUUCCACAUUUGAAACUAUAUGCUAGCAAAAUGGAUAAUCGUAAAAUUGUAAAAGAAAUUCAAUAUCGUCCACCAGUUUGGGAUGAUUUACAGUUAGGAGAUGUUGCCAAAAAGCUGGAAAAAUGCAAAAAUGAUAAGAGCAAACAAAAAAUUUCAUCUUUUUCACUUAGGAAAAAAAGACGCCGUAGUUUGUCGUCUGAUUCAUUGCUGCAAACAAUAGCUUUAUCAAGACGAAGAGAUAUGAUAAUAUCAAGGAAUUUCUUCAGAAGUCGUAGUAAUCGUUGUUAUUUGGAAAGGAAAAGAAGUGAUCCUUCAGCAACAAAUUCAUUUGAUGGUCUUUCAAUGCAUGACACAAGAAGUGCUUCUGUUAUUGGAUUACCUAAACAAUUUACCAAUGAACUUAGCACUUCACAAUUUUUUCCUGAGGCACUUGGAAGUACAAAUUUUAUUGAACAAAAUGGACAAAUUAGUUUCAUAGUGUUAUUAAAAGCAAUUUAUUUUGCUAUCGAACGACGUUCUUCUGCUCGAAUUUAUGAAUUGGCAUUAAAUAUUUGUGAAAGUUUAUUGGAAAUGCCUGAAACGCAGUUGCAAUCAUUUUUCAAUGAUUCUAUCAGUAUAGUACUAAGAAUUUAUUUAUGGUUAGGUUGUCCACAUGGAUGCAACGAUGGCUUAAACUCACAGCAUGGUGAUUUCCUGAGAAUUAAGGCACGAACUAUUUUCGCAAUCAUUUCUCAUAUUAAUCCGGAAAUUUUUUGUAAUUUAUUGAUUAGCCAUAUUGAAGACUAUAAUGCACAAAUGUUGAUUGAUACAUUACAUUCCGUAACAGGUUUCUGUAGAUGUGGCAUAGCUGCCGGAAUUCAUCGUACACGAAGCGGUUCAUCACCACGUCGUCGAAAUGUUAUACUGAAUUCUUCUUUACCUUCAUAUGAAAAUAAUUUUAACGAAAGUUUGAAGGGAAUUGAAGGAACAGUUAUCAAAGUCAUACUUAAACCAGUAGUAUCAAAAUUAAUGAAUACAAUGGAUGAACUUUUACAACCCGAAAAUAUGAGUUUGUAUCAAGAUGUACGACUAUUUGUAUCAUUUAUUCAAGAACAACAUGGUAAUUCAUUUAGAUGUGUAGGUUUGAGUGCUUUAUUAGAUGGACGACCACCGGAAAAUCAAAGUCAAUUUCUUGAUGUCGGUACGUCACAGCUGUAUUCUUCCCGUCGGACAUCCUUACUGUGUCCACUCCCUGAAAUCUUUCUAUCCGAACGAAAUGCAAAACUGUCAAACAACGAUGACAACGAAAUUGAAUUAAAAUCGGAUAAUAACAGCGAAGAUGAAAGUAUACGAUCAAGUAUUAGCGGUACAGCAGUGCCAACACCAAUGCAUACCCGUGAAUCUGCUUCCUUGAGACGAGGCUUAUUUAAAAAACGUGAAAAAUUGCAAAUUUCAAAUACUGAUGAAAGUGAUUUGGAUUCUUCCUCACCUUCGACACCAAGAAAUGUACAAGGAAGUGAUGAAGUGACUAUUGCAAGCUUAUCUGCUUCACCUUUGUUACCUGUAAAUGUUGUGAAGAAGCGAAGUGGUGGAAAACUUCAUUUUGCUCUGAACUUGUUAAAAUCGUCAGUACGACCUGACAAUAACGAUGACAAUGGUUCAGAUGGUGAAAUAAAUGAUGAUGAUAAAAGUCAGAAUGGAAUUUUAAUGCAUGAGGAACGUCGUUCGAAAGGUUUAACAGUACAAAAAUUGUCUUCGUCGAAAAUUCUCAUAGCACAUCAGAAAUCUACCGAAUCCAUGGACGAUAAGCAAGAACAAUUACAUCCGAGACAGACCUCUCUGACAAAUUUAAAUCUUCCAUUACGUAAAUUUGUCAAUUUGCGUGGUAUUCAAGAAGGUGUACGACGUUUUUCAUUUUUUCUUGAAACUUGCCGUCCGGGAAGCUAUCCGGAUCCUCCACUUCUAGCUGCAUUAUUGGAUUUGAAAUCUCCUGUGCUAGCAAGAGCUUCACUUCUUCUCGAAUGUGCUUUUUUUGUUCAUCGAUGUAAUAAAGGAGAUUGGCCUGAAUGGAUACGUUCAAAUAACGCAUGUCAAUUAAGUGCUUUCGUUAUUGGAAAUACGUUUGGAAGCCGUGGUACGCCAAGCGCAACACGUCGAAUGCAUAUGAUGCAACGUGCUGCUGCUCGUUGUUUCUAUGAUUGGGGAUGUCAGCUUGGUGAACGAAUUUAUAAGAUUAUGGAAACUAGUGGAGCAAUGCUUAAUAAAACUCCAUCAAAAAAUAUUGAUUUGAAUCGACGUGAACUUGUCAUACAUGAUAAUUUAGAAGAUUUCUUUGAUGAAGGAAUUGUAAAUGAUGAAAGCGGUGAGCGUUGCCCACCAGCUAUUUUAUUUCUAGCAUGUCUUUUAUUGAAUGAAAUUACCGCCUUCUUGAGAGAAACAUUUCAGACAAUUCCUCGUUCUCGAAGUAACAAAGGAGCUAGUGCAGGUACGUUAAACUUUGAUAAGUUAACGCCAAAUCGACGUUGGUCUAUUCUUUCCAACAUGUUUAGCUCACAACAACAGCAAAGAGCAAGCAGUAUACAAAGUAUUACGGACGUCAAUUUAACAAUCCAUCAAAGUGAUCGACGAAUUAGUUUAUCUACAAAUGAAGAAAAUUCAUCACGAAGUUCACAUGAACAUACCGAAGAAAUUGUACAACAAAGUGAUAAAAAAGAUGCUGAUUCGAAUGGUGACAGAAUGACGUAUUAUACGAAUGGUGAACGUCUUAUUUCGCUAAGUGAUCAACAUCUUGCGUGUAAAAACAAAUCAAGCUAUGAACGAAAAGUUGGGGAAAAGUGUUCACACGUGAAACGUUCCCAUACAUUAACUGUUCCAACACAUUCAAUGGUCAUCACUACAAUUAUCUCGAAAUCAGCUCGACGAUUAGCUCAAGGUCGUCAACGAUUAUUCAAGUAUGGUUCAUCAUCUAAUACAUCAUCACAACCAUUUGAAUUAAAUGAGAAAACACAUCGAUCUACAAAAAAUCUAAAAUCGCCAAGAAAUAUUCAAACUGAUGAUGAAAAAGAUGGAAUUGGUGAAAUGAUUGGAGGAUGGAUAGAAGGAACACGAGAUGGAGUUAAACAAUCGAAUGAAGUUGUAGUAUCACCAGAAAAUGGAUCAAAGAUAAGUGUGAUAACGCCGAUACCGUCAUCAACACAGGAUAGCACAUCACGACCUACUGUAUCAUGCAUUCAGCAAUCACAAACAAAUUUUGAUGAAGACGAAGAAUUGAUGUUUAGAAAUUUUCCUUGGUUAAAGACGGUAAUUAAAAUGGCAAAUUCAUUUAAUUUGUCAUGUACUCAUGAACGUUUCUGUCAUCCAUGGUGUUUUGAAAGAGUUUAUCGACAAUGUUACCGUUUGACAGAAGCACUUCGGAAAGUGUACGGUGAAGAUUUACCGCCCCUUGGACAUCUUGAUAAACGUAAAGCGAUGACUGAUGCAUGGAUCAAUCGUCAUGAAAAUGUGAAAAAAGCAACACAACGACUUUCCGGAUUAUUCGCAGCACGUCGAGAAAAUGCUGCUGUCCGGCAAGGUGCAAUGCUUGAUAAGCCACCAAUGGCAUUACGAAGUUUACUUAUUGAAAAACUUAAUGAAAUGGAAGAAAAUCGAGAAGGACGUAUGGGAAAAAAUAAUUCUCAAGAUUCAGAUGAUCUAAUCGAAGCAAGCCAAGCUAACAAACAUCAACAAACAUCUCCUAUGCUAACUUAUAUUGCCACACAAAUGUUAUGUAUAGCUCAUUCACCUUUUUCAACACUUCUUAAAAGUUGUCUUAUAUUACGUAAUGAACAUUAUCGAGAAAUGAUGGAUAUCUGUUGGCAUUUAUUAAUACAUCGUAAUAAACAUAUUGUCACUUCAGCUGCAUCUCUUUUCAUUGUAUCAUCAGUACGCAGUCCAGAAGGUACUGUUAACGUGAUAAGGAAUAGUUUGAUAAAUGAUGAUCCAAAUAUACGUACAGAAGGAUUACGACGUUUUCAUGCUUUAUGGCGGAAUCGUUUUCAUGUUUGGUUGAAAAUGGAAGAUGGAGCACAGUUCGUCUUUAAAGUUCCACCACCAGGUAUUGACUUUACAUUACCUUCUCCUCCUGUUGGCCAAAAUCAAUUAGCUGUUGUUGAUCCACCAUGGAUGCCUCAUACGAAGACUAAAGUUGAAGAAUUAUGUCUAAAAGAGGAGGAACAAGCAACGAGUCAAACAAUAAUGACAAUGACACGAACACGUCGAAAACAAAAACAAGAAAUGGUACGUCGAGCAGCGCAUGAAGCAAAUGAGAGAGAAAGUUCUUUACGUCAAAAAUUUCCGUUUCGUGCUACAGCUAUUGUACAGCAAGCAGCGUACGAGCCAGCAUUGUUUCAUCAUCAGACGACGCAACAAGUUAUGGCCGAUAGUACCGGAGAAGAAUGUGAUAUGCAUCUAAGUUCAUCAAGACAACAAAUGCCAGUUGCGCAACCACUUUUUCCCUCAUCGUUACUUUCGGUUGUACCGAUGAUCAUCGAAAUGUUAGAUGAUGUACAAUUGGAUAGUUCCGGAAAAUCUGUAAGUGAUACAGUAAGGAAGAUUAUUUGGUCUUGUAUUGUGGAAGAUCCAGCUUUGUUUUUGCGUCAUUUUUUAGAAAAAUUAACCAAUCGUGAACGUCAGGAACAUCUAAUAUCACUUUUACGAAAAUUAAUAUUACGUUUUCAACCAUUGCCAUGUCAAACUGCUUACACCUUAAUGAAUUAUUUCUUCGGUUUUGUGAUGCAUUAUGUGCGAAGCCCAUGCGAUGGUAGUGAUCGAGCAAUUGCAAUGGCAUUAAGCAUAAUAUGGCUUAUUAUUCCAAAUGUUCAUGGAUUAUAUUUUAAAGAUUUAAAGCAAACAUUAAAGAAGGAACAAUGUGAUCAAGCAUUAAUGAUAACGGCAAACGUUCCAUCGGCAAAAAAAAUUAUUAUUCAUGGACCUGAUAGUGGUUCCGGUGGAAUUCCAUCACAAUUUCCGAUUCAUGAAGAGACACAAUUUCAACAAUUACUUAAGGAUAGCAUUGAAUUUUUUAAUAUUCCCGAAAACGAUAGUCAAUAUUAUUUUCUUAUUGAUGCUAAAACAAAUCUAGUUCAUAAUCCUUCAUCAUACGUUCGAGAUUUUUACUUUUUUCAUCGUUCGUUGUAUCCGCAAUUGACGUUGGUUAAGUUAAAUCCUGACGAAGCGCAUUUUCGAAUGCGUCAAAUAGCAUUUACGUAUAAGCUUAUAGAAAUGGGAAAAGUAUUACUAACACAUAAUGCUCUUGCUCAUAGUCCUGAAAAUGUUAUACCACAGCGAAUAUUUUUCUUGCACGAUGAAUUUACCCAUUUACCAUCAUUUCCACGAAAAAGUUUGGAGACAUGCUUUGGCAUGUAUAAUGGUCCAUUAGGCCGUGAAUUAUAUUCCAUCGAUAGCACACAUAAAUUUGUUUGGGCUUUGCUAAUGUCUGAUAUGUUCGCAAAAAUGGAAAAUGCUUUCAUGUUCGGUGAUUUACAUUUAUUUAUCAAUGUUAUUAAUGGUGUCACCUUAUUACAUUGUGAAAAUGUAACAAUUUUACGCCGUUGUAUGGCAACAUAUCUAUCCAUGGCUAUACAUUUUAAUACUCUUUUUACUAAUCAGGGUUUUUUCCUGAUAAUGCCAACAAUACUACUUUGUUACAGUCAACGACAGACUAAUCCAUUACUUUGUCGUACUAUUGAAUAUGUUUGCAAACAAUUUUAUAUCCUUCAUCGAAAACCUUUUUUAUUACAAAUGGCUGGUUCGGUGGCAAAUAUUCUUGAUAUUAAUGAUGAUAAUUUUGAAGUAAAUCCAAUGAAGGUGAAACCGAAAUAUUGGUUUAAUUUAUUGCAUAGUAUGGAAGAUAUGAAUAAUAUGGAUGAUCCAAUUGAUCUAUUAGAUUUAAUUAAUGAAACAAAACCAUUAAAAGCGUUAGAUUUGUGUUAUCGUGAUGAUCCUAAUACGUUUAGCUUACUAACAGAUGCUUUAGCAAGCGCUGUAACGGUAUGUGCUUUUGCGCCUGAAUCACGCCGUUGUUAUCAGAUGUUGUUAGUAAUGCAAGCAACGAUACCAUACUUCUUGGAACAAAUUGAAAAGGAUACGAUAGAAGAGGAAAACAGUAUGGUUGCUGUCAAACAUGAAAUAUCUAUCUAUACGACAUUAUGUAUUGAAAUGAAAGCAUUAGUGAAUUGUUGUGAUAUUCUUGCCAGAGGACCAACGCGAACGUUUGAUAUUGUUAAUAGUGUCAGCGAUCGUGGAAAAUCCUUCAUUGCAGAUUCACCUCAAUUCUUUGAUCCACCAACUUUAAUCGAAGAUGAAACGAAAAUGCAUUAUUCAAGUAUGAAGGAUAAAAAGAAUGUUGUUGGAUCAGAUGCUUUGGAUAAUACUGAGGGACAACGUGAAGUAUUUCGUCGUCCACGUGAUGCUCUUCUCGUGCUAGCAGCUACAUUUAUCGAGAAAGCAAAACCACGGCUAAAGGAACUUACUAAAUUAGCAUCAAAUAUUGAACAUAUCAAAAUCCCGGAAUUAUUCGAUCAUAAAUGCUAUGUGAAACUGAAUGAAAUUGCUCUUGCAUUAUUGAAAAUUGCGCCUUACGAUUUGAGCACAAUAGCUUGCCUUGGAUUGCAAAAAUACUUCUCUGUGAUUCUAUUAACAACUGAUUGGUCGGUGGAAAGUAAUCGACCAACUUUAAAUUUUGUUUUGCGACGUUUGGAUAAGACAAUUCAAAAGAUUGGCAAAAAAUUUGUCUUUCGACGGCGAACAAACUGGACUGCAUUAACAAAUUGGCUUAAUGGUUUACAUCAAACGCUUGUUGCUUAUCCUUAUAUUGCUCAUUCACAUCCAUUAAAAUCCAUAACAUUGAUGUGUUUACGAAUAAUGAUCGGUGAUCCAUUAAAUGAUGAUCUUUUCACUCAAUCCAAUGCUGUUUUCUCGACUGUAUUGCAUGGUACUUCUCCUCCACAACCAUAUUGUAAUGCAGUUCUUAAACUUGCUUCUUUUUUAAUGCAAGCACUUGGUCAGGCAACAUUUUCAUUGGAGUAUUUAUGUAGUAGUGAAGGAAUUGGACCAAUAGCUGAACGAUUAGAAGUUGUAUUGUGUCAUGUUUUAAUUCCAUUAUUUCUUCAAGCUGCAGUUGCUAAAAAUGAUAAACCACAGUUUCAAACGAAAGACUUAAUAUUUUGCUUAAAUUUAAUGCAAAAUGCUAUUAAUCCUCCAUUGGCACGACAAAGUGUCGCACCAAUAAUGAGUUCGAAUUUAGCAUCCACUUUAAUACGAGGAACCAAUGCGCAUGGCUCAACAAUUAUUGAUGUUUCUGGACGACAGGGUUCAGUAUCCGUAACAGAACGUGGACAUUCUGCUACUGUAACAACGCAUCGUAUUAUUCGUGAAACAGUUUGUCAAGCUAUAUUUUUGGCUCUCAAAGUGAUGAUAAUAGCAUUCGAGAAGCAGUUAACAUUACUUUGGCCACGGAUGUUUAAAGUAAUCCGUGAAUUGCUUGGCAAAAAAAUUGGUGGCGCUGCAUUAUAUUCAUUUAUUGAUUUUAUGAUCGAUAUCAACUUGCCAAUAUCACUAAUCAUUCUACCAUUCCUGCAAAGCAAAAUAGCACAGAAAGUUUUAACUGAACAGGAAGCAGCAUGGCAAGCAGAAUUUAAAGAACGCAUGCAACUAUUAGGUGCAUCUGGGAAUAAAAUUCGUGGAUAUGGUUCCUUGCUAGCGGAAUUGUCACAAGAGUUACAGAUAAUGAAGGAAGAUUUCUCGAUAAGAGCUUUUGAAAUUGCUCGAUCUCAUACACCAACAAUUACGGAACUUCAUAGUGAUUCGGGUAGUUCACAAAGUACCGUUGGACAUCGUCAUUCAAAUACAAGGUCAAAUGCUAAUGAACCAAGACGCUUAUCAACAACAACAAUUACAAAAUUACAUCGAAUUGCUUCUUCAGUACAUCGUAAAGAAGCAGUACCUGAAAGAACCAUCGUUGAAGGUACGGAAGAGGACAAUUUACAUGUGACAUCUUCAUCUACACCUGCAGCAAAAAGUUAUUCAACUGGUUCUCAAAAACGUACAGUUGUUGAAUUGCAUGAUUUGCCGCUAUUUUCGAAAUAUCGUAAAUCGCCAAAUAUCGAGAAAAGGCAAUCAAAAUUGGAAACUCUUGUGCUUCCACUAAAUUUGGAAGAACCACUUAAUACGCCUUCAGAAUCAGAGAAACCAAAAGUCGUUUCAUUUACAACUCCAGUUGGACAUCGACGUAAUUCAAGUGAUGACGAAGAUUUUGUGGAUCGUAUCACGGCACGACAUCAUUACGUAUGA